GAUGAAUACACGUGCGAUGUGUCAAAAUGGCCGAUCUCAACAAGGAGUUGAACGAGUAUCUCCUGAACAAUAAAAAUGAAAAGCAAUAUAAAAUCGCCAUUCCUUCGGUAGCGUUGCCGAAAACGAACUUUCGCGGAUGGUUCGGCAGGAAUGUUGAAGAAACGAAGGAGGAUGCAGGAUGGAUUCAAAGGUCGCAGAGAGAAUGUUGUCCUGCCAUGACGAGGAUGCAGAGGCUAAUAUCCUUUGCUGUAUGUUUCCUUCUGGGUCUAUUAUGCUUCUGCCUAUCAACAAUUUAUAUUCCUGUAUUGUUACUUAAAGCAAGAAAAUUUGCUCUGCUUUAUUCCUUAGGAAGUCUCUUCUUUCUUAUGAGUUUCUGUUUUCUAUGGGGAUCAAGCUAUAUCAAAUCACUAUUCACAGCUGAGAAGCAAUGUUUUACAGCAUCGUACUUUGCAACAUUAACAGGCACACUUUACUUUGCUCUGCAUUUACAAUCAACUCCUUUGACCAUAUUGAGUGCUGUUCUCCAGUUAAUAGCAAUGAUAUCUUUUCUAAUAAGUCAUAUACCAGGAGGUGCAACUGGUCUCAUGUUCUUUACAAGGAUGUUUAGAUCAUCAGUGAAAUCAAGUUUACCUGUAUGAUAACAUUAUUUGCUCAUAGGUUACACUUUCUUUUAUAAUAAAAAUAAUAAAAAUUAA